AUGCCAGACGACAGCAAUGACAACGACACGAAAGAUACUCGACAAUCCUCGUCGUCCGCUUCGCAGCGCUUACGCCAGGUCGCAUCGCAUCUUCCAGCCGACUACUCGGAUGUGCUUGCUCAGAUCGAUACCCUCCGCGCAAUAGCGGCCACGCCGGAUACAUCCCGACGAGGGUAUAUCCGCCAGAAGCAGGCCGGCAAACUAUGGGUACGCGAGCGAUUGGAGGCCCUCCUCGAUCCCGGCAGUUUUCAAGAGAUAGGGUCUCUGUCAGGCACAGUAACGUGGGAGCAAACGGGACCAAUGCGCGAGAAGCCCGUGGCGUUUGUGCCGAGUAACAAUGUCCAAGGAAUGGGGCGGCUGCGUGGUCGCCGUGUGCUUUUAACGGCGGACGACUUCACUCUCCGUAGCGGGCAUGCGGAUGGCGCGUCGCACGAGAAGACCAUCUACCUUGAAAAGCUGGCACUUGCGCUGAAGCUGCCGAUGGUGAAGCUGGUUGACGGGAGCUCCGGCGGAGGAAGCGUCACGCUUAUUCGAACGGCGGGGUGGAGUUACUUGCCUUAUGUGUCGAUGUAUAAGUAUGUUGUGGAGCAGCUGAAUCAGGGGAUUCCGAACCUGGGCGCGGUUGUUGGUCCUGCUAUUGGUCUAGGGGCUGCGCGGGUUGUAUCCUGUCAUUUUUCCGUUAUGGCCGCAGACGUAGGCUCUCUCUUCAACGCAGGUCCGGAGGUAGUCAAGGGCGCGACGUUUGAGGAAGGACUCGAUUUUCAGACACUGGGCGGUCCCAUGGUGCACUGUACGAAUGGCACCAUCGACAACAUCGCCGCCAAUGAAGCGGAAUGCUACAAGCAGCUACGCACCGUCCUAAGCUUUCUGCCCAACUCCGGCCGCGAGGCGCCACCGGUCAUCAAAUCCGAGGACCCCGAAGACCGGGAAGACGAGGCCCUGCGCCGGAUCAUCCCUCGCCGUCAGACACGCAUGUACAAUCCCUGGACGAUCAUUACCAGUGUGGUGGAUCGCGGCUCCUGGUUCGAGAUCGGACCCCUCUGGGGCCGCACGGCGAUCGGAGGACUGGCGCGGCUGGGCGGGCAUCCGGUGGGGGUGAUCUCGCUGAAUUGCGAAGUCAACGGAGGCGCCUUAGAUGCAGCGGGGAGCCAGAAGCUGACGCGCUUGUUGAAGCUGUGCGAUGUGAUGAAUCUGCCGGUUCUGCAGUUCAUCGAUGUCCCCGGCUACGCAAUCGGCACGGUAGCCGAACGCACCGCCACGAUGCGCUGGGGUGUCGAACUAGGUAAAACCUACUUCACCACCACAACGCCGCUGUUUAACGUCAUCGUCCGGCGCGCCUACGGGGUAGCCGGGGGACUGAUGCUCGGGGCCCGGGACCCCGUCAUGCAGGUCGCAUGGCCGUCCGGACAGUGGGGCUCUCUACCUCUGGAGGGCGGCAUUGAGGUCGCGCAUCGCCAGGAGCUCCGCGAAGCCGAGCAGAGCGGCAACAAGGCGGCGCGGUAUCGCGAACUCGAAGAGGAAUACCGGCGGUUGAUGAACCCGGUGCGCACGGCCAAUGCGUUUGGAGUGGAGGAGAUCAUCGACCCCAAGGAUACGCGGAGGGUGUGUUGCGCGUGGGCGCGUCAUGUCUAUGCGGUGUUGAUGGCGGAGCGGCUGGCUGAGCGGGCGGCGGGGAGGAUCCGGCCGGUUUUUGCUUGA